GCUGUGAUUGUCCUCUGGAUGGCAGUAGUACACAGCACACUGAUAGCGGAGGCGCUGGAGGAAAAGCUCAGAACAAGCAACAUUAAACUCGUGUUGAAGAUGAGAAGAAACAAAGAGGCUACACUUCAGCUUUUAUCAACUCUAGAGAGAUUAUUUAGCGAACACGACACAACUCCUGCCUUUCUUCAUUAUAUCCUGGCUCUUGACUGUCAAUUCCUCUGUGAAAGCGAUCAGGAAUAGCGGACUUUUACCGUGUUCAUAUGUAAACAGACCUGAUGGAGGACACACACCGUCAUGAGAAAAUGAGUGAAAAAACUGACUCACUGAAGAGAAAAGACAAAGAACGUGUCACCUGCACUCAGUGUGGAAAGAGUCUAACGAACAAACAAAGUCUCAAGAGUCACAUGAGGAUCCACACUGGAGAGAAACCAUUCACAUGCACUCAGUGUGGAAAAACAUUUUUAAGGGCUUCGCACCUGAAGAGCCACCUUAGAGUUCAUACAAAGGAGAAGCCUUAUCCAUGCUCUGUUUGUGGAAAGAGUUUCAAACAUCAACGUAGUUUAAGAAAUCAUCAGAAGAUCCACACCGGUGUGGGAGAGUACAAGUGCUUUGAGUGUGAGAAGACCUUUUGUACAGCUGAAAGUUUGAAAAUACAUAAGAGAAUUCACACUGGAGAGAAACCGUACAUUUGUUCACUGUGCAAUAAUAGAUUCAAUCAGUUUGCACAUAUGAAAACACAUGCGAGAGUUCACACUGGAGAGAAACCGUACAAGUGUUCACACUGUGAUAAGAGAUUCAGUGAUUCAGGAAAUCUGAGACAGCACGAGAAGAUUCACACUGGAGAGAAACCUUACAAGUGUUCACACUGCGACACAAGAUUCAGACAGUUAGGAGGCCUGAAAACACACGAGAGGAUCCACACUGGAGAGAAAACACACAAAUGUGAUCAGUGUGGAAAAACAUUUUUAAGGGCUUCGCAGCUGAAGAGCCACCUUAGAGUUCAUACAAAGAAGAAGCUUUAUCCAUGCUCUGUUUGUGGAAAAAAUUUUACACGUCAAGAAAGUUUAAGAAAUCAUCAGAAGAUCCACACCGGUGUGGGAGAGUACAGGUGCUUUGAGUGUAACAAGAGCUUUUGUAGGGCUGAAAAUUUGAAAAUACAUGCGAGGGUUCACACUGGAGAGAAACCGUACAAGUGUUCACACUGUGAUAAGAAAUUUAGUGAUUCAGGAAAUCUGAGACGGCACGAGAAGAUUCACACUGGAGAGAAACCUUACAAGUGUUCACACUGCGACACAAGAUUCAGACAGUUAGGAGGCCUGAAAACACAUGAGAGGACUCACACUGGAGAGAAACCUUAAAGUGGUAGUCCACAGUGGUUUUUUAAAGCUUUGAUUGAGCAUUUAUGGGCUGCAAAAGAAUUUGUUCGUGAUUCAUUUGUAAAAAAAAAAAAAAAAAACAAUCAUGUUAU